AUGCUCAGCCGGAACCUGAAGUUUCAGUAUCUGAUCUAUGAGCCGCAGAGCUACGAGCAGCUCAGCAUCGUCGGCAUCUUCGGCUGCAUCAUGUACUUCUUCGUGGUCGGUGUGAAGGCGGACCUGGGGCUGAUCCCCAAGGUGGGCAAGAAGCCGGUGGCCAUCGCCUUGUUCUGCACCCUUCUUCCCGUCGUGUCCGUCUACAUCACGGCCACCGCCCUGAGGCACAAGAUCCCUCCCCCGAACUCAACCUCCUCAGCUCCAAGCUCGGCCGCCUCCUGCAUCAACACCUACGUUCUGAGCGUCAAGAUCGUCUCCCCGCUGAGGGGGUUGGAGGCGCUAUCCUGCCUCGCUGCCUUAGUGGUGAUCAUCAUGUUCGUCUUGAGGCCGCUGGUGCUGUGGCUCAUAAGACGGACGCCGGAGGGGGCACUCCUGGACGAGGCCAGCUUCGUGGCGGUGCUGCUGAUGGCGUUUGUGUGCGCGUUGCUGGCCGGGAUCAUCGGGUACGACGUCUUCACGGGGCCCUUCUUCUUCGGGCUGGUGCUGCCGGGGGGAGCCCCGUUGGGGGCGACGCUGGUGGAGCGCAUGGACAGGAUGGUGAUGGGGUUGUUUCUGCCCGUCGCCAUCGUUCAAGCCGGGACGAGGAUGAGGAUGUUGCUGCUCACCGACACCUUGCGCUGGGGCCUCUUCGAACUCUUUCUGGUGAUCUGCGUGGUGUCCAAGUUCCUGGGCGUCAUCCUCCCCUGCCUCUACUGCAAGAUGCCGCACCGCGACACCGUCUCCCUGGCGCUCAUGAUGACCACCAAGGGCAUCUACGAAAUAGUGGCCGCCACGCUGUGGCAGGAUGACCGUAUUCUGUAUGACGAGGAGUACACCAUCACCCUCCUCACCGUCCUCGUCUUCGGCGGCGGCACCGCCCCCAUGGUCAAGUACCUGUACCGGCCGGAAGAUCGCUACGUGGCCUACAAGCGCCGCACUCUGCAGCACGCCAAGCCCGGGGACGAGCUCCGCGUCCUCGCAUGCAUCCACGAGCAGGACAACGUCAACACCGCCCUCGCCCUCCUCCAGGCCUCCGGCCACUCCCACGACUCGCCCAUCUACGUCUACGUCCUCCACCUCCGCCGUCUCAUCGGCCGGACCGACGCCGUCCUCGAUCCCCAUAAGCGCCGCAACGAGACCUUCUCCUCGGUCUCCGCCCUCUCGCAGUCCGACCACAUUGUGAACGCCUUCCGGCAGUUCGAGCAGCAGCACUCGGACGGCGUCUGGGUCCUCCCUUACAUCUGCAUCUCCCCUUACAACACCAUGCACGACGACGUUUGCUCCCUCGCCCUCGACAAAAAGGUCACGCUCGUCAUCCUCCCCUUCCACAAGAACGUCGAAGCCGACGGCAGCAUCAUUUUCGUGAACCCCGCCGUCCGGUCCGUAAACGUGAACGUCCUCCGAUACGCGCCCUGCUCCGUGGCCAUCCUCGUCGACCACGGGAUCUCCGACUGCGGGAAGCUGCUGCAGCACGUGGCGGUCUACUUCCUGGGCGGGGCCGACGACCGGGAGGCUCUGGCCUACGGCUCACGCAUGGCGAAGCGGGCGGCCAUCCGGCUCACGGUGGUGCGCUUCCUCCCGCCCAAGGUGUGGCGGGAGGAAGGGCAGGAGGAGAAGAUGGACGACAAGAUGUUGACGCAGUUCCAGCACGAGAUGGUGGACGGAAAGCAGGUGGUGUACAGGGAGAAGGUGGUGCAGGACGGGGAAGGGACGGUGGCCGUGAUCCGCCAGACGAGCGCCGAGUUCAACCUGCUGAUCGUGGGGCGGAGGAAGGGGAAGGAUUCGCCGCUGACGACAGGGAUGUCGAUGUGGAGCGAGUACCCGGAGCUGGGGAUCAUCGGCGACUUGCUGGCCGCGACGGAUUUCGGCGGCCGGGUGUCCACGCUGGUGGUGCAGCAGCAGGUGAUGGUGAUGGGAGCAGCGGCGCAAAGUGCGGAUAGCCCCAAGAGCCCUUCGACCGGGCGCGGGCGCCAGGUUGCACCGGAAGCCCAAAUCUGA